AUCUAUAUAAGUUCCUUACACCCAAAAUCUUUAAAAGUUCCCAGCUCUUCUCUCUUCAUACACACGCAAAAAAAACCCAACUGCUUUCUCUCUGUCAUUCACUGACUCGAUGAACGCUAAAGCAGUCCGUACGAUUAUCGGAAUAAUUGGCAAUAUUUUCUCCUUAUCCGUCUCUCUCUCACACAUGCCAAAGUUUAUACAAAUUUACAAGGAUAAAUCAGUGGAUGCGGAUUUUCAACAACAUCGUCAUGUAGUGAUGGUGGUAAAAUGUAGCUUGUGGGUUUUGUAUGGUCUCCCACUUGUUCAAAAGGAUAGCAUUCUCGUCACCACCAGUAAUGGCGUCGGGCUUGUAAUCGAAGUGAUCUACUUGGUUGUAUUUUUUAUCUACUGUGACAAAGAAUCAGAACGUAAAGAUAUUACAGGGUUAUGUCUUAUGGUUGAGAUUGGUUUGCUCUUUUUUUUCUAUGGGCAAACUCUCUUGUUCCUUGAGAACGUAUCGGCAAGACGUAAACUAAUCGGUGUUGUUUGCACCGUUUACACCACUAUUAUGCAUGGUUUACUAGCCCUGCAAACAAAGGUUGACGGGGAACAAUUUCGCUGUAUGUACCUACCGUUUUGGUUCUCAUUUGUUAACUUCAUCAACGCUGGAAUUUGGAUUGCUUAUUCUGUGAUUUACAAGAUUGACGUCUACGUUCUUGUAGUCAAUGUUGUUGGAGCAGUGGCCUGUGCUAUUCAUUUAAUAAUCUUGUGUUGCUCAACAGUUCGACGCUUGUUACUACCCAAGUUACUACCCAAGAGAGUCGUACCAAGUUCCAGCUUCCCCGUUGUUUGAAGUUUCUGCAGCACUACAUGCUUCUACAUAUAUGCCCCGUAGUUUUUCUUUUCUUUUCUUUUCUAUUUCGCUUGUUUCAUCUAAAUUUGGUUGGUUCUAUUCAUAGUCCGGAUAAAACAAUCGUCAUGACCUCAAACUUUAAAAGAAAUAUAUAU